UAUUUGAAACCACUGACUGACAAGGCAAAAAAGAUUGGAACAAAUCACUUAUCAAUUGCAGACAGGAAAAAAAUAUGUUUUAUUAUCCCAAUGUUUUACAACGACACACUGGCCGUUUCUCUAUUAUAUGGUUGGCUGCGACGAAGGGGAUCAAAAUACCACGCAGAGAUUAUCUCAGUGUGAACAUCCACCGAACAUGUAACGACAUCAUGGAUUAUGUGCUGGUGCGAGCUCCGCCCAUACAGCCGGGAUUGCCCCGCCCUCGUUUUUCCCUGUACCUCUCAGCCCAGUUGCAGUAUGGGGUCAUCCUUGUGUACCACCGCCAGUGCGCCAUCCUCCUGGAAGAGAUUCAGCACACCAUCGACCGACUGCUUCGCUUCAAGAGGAAGGCGAGGAUUGACCUGGAGGAGCCCGACAGGAUGGCUCUGAUCCUUCCAGAUGUCUUGGCAACCCUUGAGGAGUCAGAGAGGGCACAAGACCCAUUUUUUGGGAUGAUGGGCCCUGGGUAUGAGCUGCCAAGUCCAAGCACGCUGGUACAGCAGUGGCAGUUAGAGAAGGAGCCCUUCCCAGAACCACCUGUGCCUGUCCUUCCAGCUCCUGAGAAUGGCAUCACUGCAUCGCCUGAGUCCAUCACAAUCACGGAAGCGGCUGCCGUCCCUGAAGCUGAGUUUGAGGGGGUGGAGUUGCCGCAAGUCACACCCACGGAGAUGGACAUAAUAGAGAUGUUGAUGGAGCAGCAGGAUGAGUUUCCCGGAGAGGAGGAAGAACGGGAGCUGGUACGGGAAAUGGAAACAGAAGUAACAAGGGAAGAGCCAGCCCCCGUGGUCUCCGCAGAGCGGCUCAGAGUUACUGCUGCGGAGGACGAGGAAACCAUGUGGCUGCUGGACGAAGAGACGGGGUUGCCCGUGGAGGUACCGGUUGCAGUCCCCGUGGAGAAGACUCCCACGCGCGUCACCUUGCCCCCUUCUCCACCCGAACGAGAGGCCGAGGAGCCGAGAGACAUCCAAGUGGCUCCGAGGAGGCGGAGACGGCAGCUGCUGUUCAUCGAUGAGCAAACGCAGAUCUCCCAGGAGGCCCUGCGGGAGCAGAUAGAGAACCCUCAGAUGGAGACCAAACCACUGGAGCUGGCGAAACCUCCUUCUCGCUUGAGGGUCCCUCCGGCCACCCUCCUCAGCAACCCCUGCACACCUCUCCACCCUGACAUCCUGUCUCUGUGGCAACAGGCCGCAGCGGUCGGCCUCAGAGGACGAGCAGAGGAGCCGGAAGUUGAGCUGGAGAUGGAAAGAGAAGAACCGAGCCCCAAAGAGAUACCCAGAGAGCUGGCAGAGCCUGCGCUGGUGCCGGGUGAGGUGUCAGUUCCCUCCGAGCUGUUUCUGGAGGUGUCCGACAGGGACGUUUCGCACUUGGUCCCCCCUGAGAGUCGAGGGUCUCCUAUAGCUGAACUCCCCCCCUUGGUGAGCAUUGUGGAGGAGGCAGCUGCCCUGCCAGCCAGAGAGUUGGCCGAGAAAGCAGUGGAUGCGGAGAUCCUGCUGGAGCAGCUACAGGAGCCCCUGGAGCAGCAAGGGGAAGCAACCUUUGACUCGCUACUGCCCCCUACAGCUGACCGAUAUACUGUGGCCUUGUCAUUCUUCUUGCUACUGGAACUGCUGUCUGCAAGGAAACUGAGAGCCCGCCAGGAAGAGCCUUACAGCACCAUUACCAUCUCGCCGGGAGAGCUGUACGGGUGACAGACGGGCCGAAACACCAGUGCAGGGACGCCGUGGAAAGAUGUUCAGAUGUUCUCUGGAACUGCGGUCGAUGUUUUUCAUUAUGAAUGUUCAGCGAGGAUUAGUAAGCAGGCUGGAUUUUUUUUUUACUUGCUGUAUGCCAGUUUCCUACAACCAACACUUUCUGCGUAACCAUGACUACAGAGGCCCCGCUACUGGCGGUGUUUUUGCACGGCAGUACCGAUGAAAUGUUUCUCGACAUAGUUUUUUGUUCAGUUCUUAAGCUGCUGUAGUGCGCCGUAUUAAUUCUUCUGGGGUAUGUUCAGGUUACCUUGAUGAGCUCUGCACUUCAUGAUGGUGAUAAAGAAUAAGCGACACAAUAGCUGCAUGAGCCCAUCCACUGAAUGCUGUCAGCUUUGCUUUACAGUCACAGUUAGCCAACAGUGACAUUUGGAGUUUGCGAAUGGUUAUUAAUAAGCUUGUGAGCUUGGUG